UCAAAUGUUACUUACAAAGCAAGAUUUAAAAAGCAUAGAGCUACAAUAAUCAUAUCUUCAUUUGUUCUAAUUUUUGCAGAUGGAGUGUAACUUAAAAAUGCAUUAACAAUGAUACAUUUUGUCCUUAAUCUCAUCCACACCAACUGCAUCAUCAGGAGCUUUGUAUGGCCAGAACAUACUAGAGGUAUCAGUGAAUUUAUAUGGUUUGCAGGCUGUGAAUAUAAGUGUUACUAUUGCUUGACACCUAACAUGUACAAAAUUUUUCCACUGAGCCUGAACAGCAGACAAUUUUGUUUUUGAAGCACAGGAAAAAAAUUUCUUCAAAAUUAGGUUAUGUUUCUUUUUUCUCCAUAGCAAAAUGCUCCCAAUUUUUAUGAUUAUUAAUAUUAUUAAUAUUAUUAGAAUGUGUUUUCUCAGUGUUUAACAAAUAAAUUUAAUAUUAAGAUGUCCAUGUGCCAAUUUGCAGUGCCCUUUCUGUUACCCUGUGGUAGACAGAAUCAGUGCACUCUUAUGUUAUGGGCUCUAAGAGGUAUCCUGAAAGAGUGGCGUCCCCAUUCAAUGUCUGAAAGUAAAGGGUUUGUUGAAGAGAGUGCAGUUUGUGCAAAAAUACCUCUGGUGUUGUUUGUCAGGCUAAGAAAUUGCAGCUUGUCAAAGUCCCUAGUUAUAAACCACUUACUUAGUAAAUCCCAGCAGCACCAUGAUUUCUUUUGUCACCAAGACAUGAAAGGAGGAUGUCGCCCCAGGAAGACUGCUAACGGUAUGGUUUAAAUGUGCUGGUAUCUGCCAGGUGGGAACAUGACCAUUGACAUCUUCCCUGAGCCAGUGGCCAUUGCUAAUUUAAGAGGGGAUGUUGGUGCUUUUGAAACACAGUUUGCUUUCCUUACUCAAGUGUCAAAUGCAAUUUUUGUGUUCCUGGACAAGUUUGAAGAAAGGGAGCAAAAGAUGUUUGUCUCUUCACAAUAAAUGAAUUCAAAAUUAUUCUUUGUUGUGAA